CCUCACUUCCUCACUCAGAGCUGACAGACAGUGAGGCAGGGAGAGGAGGCAGGAGCUGCCCAUAAAUUGCUUUGGAAAAGGAGAGGAGAGAGACAGAGCUGGAGACAGAGCAGAUACGUUGGUAGGAGCAGAGUUGAGUGCUUUUCUCUCUCCCUCCUGUCUCUCUUUUGUUGUGUCGUUACGAUAAAAAUCUGAUGGACAUUGGCAAGGACCACAACCACCUUACUGCGAGCCUCUCAUCCCUAGCCUGUUUGCCAGAGCUGGAUCCAGUGUGGAGCUGCUUGUGCGGCAGCUAUCAGCAGGCUAGCGGGGGCUGCAAGGCUCUGUGGCAGCGGGAAGAGGAGGAAAAAAAGGAGGAGGGGCUGUGGUGAGCUGGUGGGCUUCCUCUGCCUCACAGACACAUUUUAUUGACUUGCUAAUUGGAUGAGGCACUCGGAGGAGAGGAUGCGGUGACCGAGAGGAGCUGCUCUCCAAAGGAGGAAUACAGGCACAAGGAAGCAUUGCUCAGGCUGCGUAAAUCUGGCUACUUCAUCUUUAAAAAAAAAAAUGUAUUCUGGAGACAUAACAACAGAUGUUUUUUCAGCAUCUCCCAGUGACCCUCACACCGUGCAUACAUAAUUUUAUGCAUGACAUUGUCGAACGGAGGCUCCAGCUGCCAGAAGCUUCGUGACAAGUGAAUGAUUUCCAUUUUGAUUUGUUUGCACCCUGUUCCCUUUAACCUGUUUUUUUUUUUCUUGGACUCUGGGCUUUUUUUGUCAGCCUUAUUUGAUGUGCCGUUUGAUAUGAAUGGUUAUCUGAUGGCGAGAUAAAUUCUUCAUCAAAUCAUAUGUACAAGGAACUGUGCAAUGGAUAUUCAUCAGGAAAAAUGAAGUCUUGUCCUGGUUGCCAUGACUGAGGUGUGCAGGUCUGGCUAGGUCAGAGAGCAGGUGGUACUGUGCUGAAGUCUGCUGUCCCAAUGAGCAAGGCAGGCAACCCACAGAGACGCACCACGUACCUCAUUUCCCUAACUCUGGUGAAGGUUGAAGCUGUGCCAGAGGAUGUAGCAGGGAACCAGAGGGAGGCUCUUCCAGAGGGGGAAGGGAGCCCUAAGAAGGAGGAGGAGGAUGCCCCGGAAAAAGGGGAAGGACUUGUGUGUAUACAAGUGGAGGAAAAAGAAAACACACCGGUAGAAGAAGAAGUGGAACAGGUGCAGCAUGGCAAGUAUGGCAGCCCCACUGAGAACAGGGGAAAGCCUGAAAGUAGGGAGACUCAUGGACACCCAAAAGAGAUUGUAUCAGUUAGUAAAAGCAAAGACACUUUUUUUGUACAUCCACCUGUUAGGCAAAUGGUCAAAGUGUAUGGAGGAACUAGCGCUGAGGGAACUGUGCGCAGAGAGGGGCCUCGCUCAGACGCCAUGCGCCCUAAGACGGAGCUCUACAGAGAGCCCCCCAUGCUCUUCCUAAAGGGUGAAAAUGGAGCAGACCUGAACAGUCGCUUACGUUGCAGCCUCCCUUUUUCCAUCCCGCCACAGGUCAGUCAGCGCCCUGAAGUCCUGAUGAGGUCACAUGCAGGAGGCAACUCUGCAUGCUGGAGGGAACUCAGAGAGGCCAAUACAAGCCUGUAUCACUCUGCUAGGACUUUGGAUCGAAGGGAUAACCGUUUUGGGGACCAGUCCCCCUUAAUGGCAGCUACAACUCUGGGGCCUUAUAGGGCGUCCUGGGCUGACAGUGACGGCAGGGGCACGCUCAUUCGCCCCGGAGCUCCCAUCAGCGGAGGAUUUUCUGGCAUAAUGGCUAGGGACAGCCCUCAAGAGGAGAGAUUUAAGACAGUCUCUGUUUCCUUGCCUGCACCUCCUGUCACCGACGUGUCCAGGCCUCAAAGAAAAGGUACAAGUCGUACCCUGGACAACAGCGACCUACAUUCCCUCUCUGAGGACCUGAAGAAGGGGAAGGAGAGCCAGGGAGGAACAAUCCAGCGCGCUCCUCCCCGUGACCGAAAGAUGCUCAAGUUCAUUAGUGGUAUUUUCACCAAAAGUACAGCGGUUCCAGCCAGCGUCAGCACCGCACCUCCUCUCUAUCCAGCUGUGGAAAGGGGAUCUAGUGAGGAGGAAGCUGCAUGCACCAGCAGUCAAGAAUGGACAAUGAGCCAAACUAUACAAGAGCUUCACCUGGGUGUUUUGGGAGGUCUGUGCAGUGGGAAGUCCGCUCUGGUCCACAGGCACUUGACAGGAAGUUACCUGCAGCUGGAGAACACUGAGGGUCGCCAGUACAUUAAGGACGUCUUGGUGGAUGGACAGAGCCACGUGUUGAUAAUCAGAGAAGAAACAGAAGUCCCGGGUGCUCAGUUUGCAAGUUGGGUGGAUGCAGUUAUCUUGGUCUUCAGUUUGGAAAACGAGGCCAGCUUCCAGGAAGUUUACAGAAUCUACCACCAGCUCGCUACCCACCGGCCCGUUUCUGAGAUACCUUUCAUAGUAGUUGGUACUCAGGAUAAGAUCAGCAGCACCAACCCCAGAGUAAUAGAUGAUGCCAGGGCCAGACAGCUCUGCUCAGACGUGCGGCGCUGCACCUACUAUGAAACCUGUGCAACAUACGGCCUCAAUGUGAACAGAGUCUUCACUGAUGCUGCUCAGAAGAUCAUGGCAGCCAAGAAGCAAGCUGCUCUACUGGCUUCCUGUAAAUCUCUCCCUAACUCUCCCAGUCACUCUGGAGGCUCCACCCCCGUGUCAGGUGUCUUUCCAGGACAGGCCAGUAACGGUGGUCAGAGCAGUGAUUACUCCUCAUCACUUCCCUCCACUCCUGUGAUCUGUCAUAAAGAGAUUGGCAAGACAGUGAGAGGGGAAAAGCAGGAUAGUGCCACGCCUGGGUCAGUCCGCAGUGUCACCCGGAGACGCACCUCCAGAUUUGCGGGUCGGAGAGGCAGUGACUCAAACAGAAGGAGUGCAGACUAUAAGGGAGAUCUGGGCAGUGGACGCUCCAUUCCCAUCAAACAGGGCAUCUUGCUGAAGCGCAGCGGGAACUCGCUCAACAAAGAGUGGAAGAAGAAGUAUGUCACGCUGUCCAACGACGGCAUACUGUCCUAUCACUCCAGUGUCAAUGACUACAUGCUAAAUGCUCCUGGGAAGGAGAUGGACCUGCUGCGAGUGACAGUGAAGGUGCCAGGAAAGCGACCACCUCGUGCUGUACCUGCCAGUGGCCUUCCAGUCGGGCUCAACGGGCGCGCCAAAGAUGUGCCGGGAGCUGAGGGUGUCGGCCCAGUCCCUGUGAGCGCCAGCAGCCUCCUGCAAGUGGAGGAGAUGGAAGGGCUGGGUGGUGCGUUGUUCCUGAGGAGCAACCGAGGCGUGCAGCGGUGUCCCUCUACACUAUCAAAUCACGCUCAAAGUGUUGACUCUGCAGUCGAGGGUGUGUCCAGCUCCUCCUCCACCAAAGACGUAGGCUCCUCCUCCCCGGUGACAGACAGGAAGAAGCCUCGUAGAAAGAAGAGCAUGAACCAAAAAGGAGAUGCAACCAUUGGCCAAGCAGAUGCCAAACGCAAACUGUGGAAACUUAAAAGCUUUGGUAGCUUAAGAAACGUAAGCAAGACAGAUGAGGAUAACUUUGAUUUCAUCAUCGUGUCAAGCACCGGCCAAACAUGGCACUUUGAAGCCCAGAGUGUGGAGGAGAGGGACUCCUGGGUCCAAGCCAUUGAGAGCCAGAUCCUGGCCAGCCUGCAGCUCUGUGAGAGCAGCAAAAACAAGGCUCGCAAGAACAGCCAGAGUGAAGCAGUGGUUCUGCAGGCGAUCCGCAACGCGAAGGGCAACAACUUCUGUGUUGACUGUGAUGCUCCAAAUCCAACCUGGGCCAGUCUGAACCUGGGCGCCCUCAUAUGCAUCGAGUGUUCAGGGAUACACAGAAACUUGGGGACCCAUCUGUCACGUGUUCGCUCGUUGGAUCUUGAUGAUCUCCCACGAGAGCUGACGCUGGUUCUCAGUGCCAUUGGCAACCACUUGGUCAACAGUAUAUGGGAGGCACGCACGCUGGGCCACCGUAAACCAGCACCUGAUGCUACACGUGAGGAACGGGAGUCGUGGAUCAGAGCCAAAUAUGAGCAGAAACUGUUUGUGGCGCCGUUGCCCCCUCCCACUCCUGGCGAGGGCCCAGACAUCACACUAUCUGGCCGUCUUCUGUUGGCAGUGAUGGAGCACAACCUCCCCAAGCUGCUGCUCCUUUUGGCCCACUGCACUAAGGAGGACAUUAAUGCCCCUCUCAGCCUGGCGCUCUCCUGCAGGUCGCUCUUAGCGCUAAGACUGCCUGGCUCUGCCCUGCACGCUGCCUGUCAACAGGCUGAUGUGGUGAUGACGCAGCUUCUUGUUUGGUAUGGCUUUGAUGUUCGGCACCGGGAUGCUCAGGGGCAGACAGCUCUGGUUCUGGCUCGCAGUGCUGGCAGCCAAGAGUGUGUCGACAUCUUACUUCAGUACGGAUGCCCAAAUGAACCGGCCUCCUCCUUUACCAUCGCCACAACAGUUGGUUUUGCAGCAGCCGCUAUACCCAGCUUCCCUGUUGCCAUGACGCCGAGCCUAACGGUUGCUACGACACUCAAGAUCUCGCACAAGAGCGGCGGCAGCACCAGCUUGAGUUACAGCACCUCUAGGAGAGCAGUGUCAUAAUCAAAAUGUGGUGUUUGUGUGUGUGUGUGUGUGUGUGUGUGUGUGUGUGUGUGUGUGUGUGUGUGUGUGUGUGUGUGUUGCUUUGCCCUCAUACUGUCCUGUACCUUCACACAGGCCUGCAGGACUGAUGAACAUAUUGCCAGAUGUUGCACUUCCUGAGGUUUUAAAGGGUGUGUGUGUGUGUGUGUGUGUGUGUGUGUGUGUGUGUGUGUGUGUGUGUGUGUGUGUGUGUAUGUCAGGGAUGAAAGCAAACACUGGUAAUAACAGGCAUGUCUGCUAGAAUGAUUUAACCAAAACAAAACAAAAACAACAACACAAAUUUUACCUGACUAUACUUUCUAUGUAAGAUUAAAAAAAAACAUAACAUUACAUCCAGAUGCCUCUGCAUUUGGAUUCAAUAGGAAUGUAUUGCACUGUAUACCAGCUGGUAUGAUUCAUAUGUCAUAAUGCAGUCAAUAUUCAACUUUAUUCUCCACUCAGUUAAGAAUGGGAAUUUGCCUUCAGCCUCAAAUUGCUUAUCUGAGCAUAGAGGGGCCAAAAGUAAAGAACUGCAAUAACUUUAAGAUUUCAUAGACUGAUGUUAACGCUAAACACAUCCACACUUCUUAACUUUAUUGACAACGAAUGUUGUAUUUAAAUCCAGAGUGCAUAUACUUUGAUCAACACAGCUGGUCAUGCAUAAAUAAUGUUGUGUAAAUUGAAAAAAACUAACUUUACAGAGGCUAAAAAAGAGAGGCUGCUUUAAAGAUAAUUAAAAUAACUGUAUAGAAAUGCAUUGAUAAAAAUAUUAUAAUUCUAAAAUUGUAAAAGUGCUUAAUUUUCGAGAUUGUUAUUGUAUUAUUUGUACAGUUGGUUCUGUGUAUAAAACUCAAAGGGUUACUUAUAGCUGUUCAGACGUUUCCUGUACAGAGUCUUGGUUUGGUUUUCCUUUAACAACCCCCUGAUUAACUCUUUGACAUCCAAGACUAAUAUUUCUAUGUAAUGUUUCUAUCACCGUGCGUGACAUGAACACUGUACAUGACGUCUGCAUUAGGACUCCAGCAGUAGCUCAUCAUCCAGGCGAGUGUAAUACUAGACGUGUAAAUGCCUUGAUUUUGAUUGAAUGUAUACAAAAACAGAUCGUUUGAGUUUUUUUUAUUUCAAACACUAAUGUGUGUUUUCCAAGAUUAUACAAUUUUGAUGGACUGUCAGGGCGUUUUCAUUUUUUAAUGAACUAAUAUUAUUCAUGCUGUGACUAAUAGCAAGUAUGGUUCAGUAGAUUAAAACUCUGGUUAUGAUCUGUAAAACUGGGCCUUUGAAUGACUAUGAUUAUAUUUGUAAGUGGAUGAAAAUCAACAUGAAAUAGAGGAAGGUUGCCCAAUUUAAUAUGUUAAAAAGGCAUAAAAAAAAGAACCCUCCUGCAGUACUGUGUGUAUUUUUGUGUUAAUCUGAAGACUACUGAGUGUACAUGUCUGUGAUGUAGGCAUCUCUCUCCAUUUGUAUUUUUUUACUCAUGCAAUGAUUCAUAGAGCAUUCAUUAUCAAUACACUAAGGCUACUGCUCAAGCUGUGGUUUUUUGUACAGA